GAAUCCCUAAUGGAGGCGAAACUUAUCGACCAUUACCGUGGCCUUGCUCCAGAGUUGCUGUUCAAGAAUUGUGUGAAGUCAAAGGUAUAUCAUUAUGGUGAAGUAAGAAUGAUAAAACUUGCAAGCAUCGAUGGCCUUGAAGGAAUUAUUGAAGCUGCAGCAUACGUUAUUGUUUUGAAGGCCAAUGGUGAUAAUUGGUUCCUCCUCUAUGAAGGAGGUGAAGAGACAGACGAGACUUUCCAUAGCCUCGAUACAGACCUCUCCCAGCUGUUAAACAUAGAUAUAAAGAUAACAGUGGAUCUCCUCAAUGUCUUCCUUCUGCAAGAGCCUGAUGAGGGAUUGGUUGAAAGAAUGAUGAUAGAGGUAAGCAAGGUGUGGUACCUAAACCUCCAAAAGAGUGAGAUGUUAGGUUCUGGUAGUAAUACUUAUGGAGUGAAUGGCAUUGAGGAAGUGGAUGGCACUGAGGAGGUCGAUGGCACUGAGGAGGUCGAUGGCAUAUUUGAGGGAGUUGAUGGCAUUGAGGAGGUCGAUGGGAAUUAUAUUUGUGGCAUGUCUCAUCACAUUCCAAGGCAUAUUCAAGUUACUCGGCAAGUUAGUAAGGAGGAAAGGUUGUGGGAGGAGGCAUUUAGUGUCCCAUUACUUGAAGACAAUGCAACUCCUUCUGUCGAAAAAGCUGAAAGCCUUGCUACCAAGCUAUUGAUGGUUGAAGAUACCAAGAGUACUCUUGAAGAAACCGAUAGUGCUUCAGUUUCUCUCAUUGAAGCUGUUGAACAAGAGAAUAAGUCCAUUGUCUUGCAGUUGUUACUGCUUGGUAGCAAUCCAAACCAGCGCAGACCAUUAAAUGAUGAUACUGCUCUUCAUGUUGCAGUAAGGAAAGGCAAUGAAGUGAUUGUAAAGUUACUACUUGCCUUUAAAGCUGAUCCAAAUAUUGUCAACAAAAACAACGAGACUCCUUUCAACUUAGCUGAAAUGCAUGCAGAUAGAGAAAUAUACAGUUUAAUUGAGAAGGUAGACUCCUUGCAAACCAAAACAAGGAAAUAUUUUACACUAAAUUCAAGUCUUCCAGCAGAGAGGACUCGGGCUGGCACUUACCUUAUGAGCCUAGAUGGUGGUGGAAUUCGUGGGUUCAAUACUACAACAUUUCUCAUUGCUCUGGAAGAUCGCAUGAAGGAACUCUCGCCUAAAUGUCUCCCUAUUCAAUAUUAUUUUGAUUACAUAGCUGGUACUAGUUCUGGUGCUAUUGCUGCCCUUAUCCUCCUCUAUACAAACUACUCACUUAGAAUUGGACAAUGUCUAGUCUAUCAAAUUUUGACUAAAGUUUUCACUUUAAAAUCUAUUGAAAAGCGCAAAAAUUCAAUGGAAACAAAUCUUCAAAGCAUAUUCAAGGAAAAAACACUCGCAUCUUUGAGAGGCCCACCACAUGCCAUAGUCACUACUACAAAGCAUCCCAGAAAGCUUAGCUUGAUGACAAGUUAUGAUGAGGGUGAAGCUGGAUCAAAUCAGCAAGUUUGGAAGGCAGCUCGCAUGUCAUCCGCUGCUCCCUUCAUUUUUCCUCCAGUUGAUGGCAUCUAUCUUGAUGGUGGCCUAGUAGCAAAUAAUCCAACCAACGCUGCCUUGGAAGAGAUUAGCCGAAUUGAACAAAAUUGUGAGUUCGGUUGUAUAUUGUCUAUUGGGACAGGAUUUUUUGAAAAUCCAAAACUUUUUGACAACUUGGAGUAUUUCUAUUCAACUUUUCCUUUUGAUCAACUCCGUAAUCCAUUUGAACUAACAAAAACCAUCAAAACUUUUAUUCAGAAUAGUUAUGGCAAAGUUAAAGAGUCAAGUGAAGAAUCUGCAAAAUCUCUAUGUGAAACCAAAGGCUGGGAGUAUCACCGCUGGUCUCCACCUCUCAAUAAAAAUUUAGGUUCUGCUUGUACAGAACUCGAUAUAAUUAUUGACAUGAUGUAUCACACAGAAAUGCAUAUUCUUCAGCAUCCAGAGACAAUUGAUGGCAUUGCUAAAUGCAUACUUGCAAAGAAACCAGCUAAUUAGUUUGCCUAGCUAAUUAGCUUGCCUAUUCACACAUGAUUGUUAAUUCUAAUUGUAUACAAUUGCAUUUUAUGGUUUUAUUUUUAAUUGAAAUAAUGCUAUGCUGUUUACAAAAA